AUGACUCCACCGGCCGAGCUCGCCAAGUCGAACCCCAAGUCUGUCACCGAAUCGGUCAGGAAUCCUACGGCGCUUGAAGAGGUAGAUGGCGACAAUGGACGGCCAGCGUUCAUGCUCACGAAGACAGAGAUCAAGCUGUUGGGCAUUGCGGGAAUUGGGUUCUUCCUUGACGCCUACGACUUGUUCAUUAUUAACCCGGUGUCGACGAUGCUACAAUAUCGCCUCUAUGGAGGGAGUCAUCUCCCCACGAACCUCGAGGGGUUCAUGAAGGCCGGAGCCAACAUCGGCAGUGUCCUCGGGCAAUUCGCCUUCGGGUACGCCGCCGACGCUUUCGGUCGCAAAGCCGUCUACGGAAAGGAGCUCAUGCUGAUCAUCAUCGCGACCAUCCUCUCCCUCACUGUCCCCACCGGUUCCCUUUCCCCCGAUAACUGCCUUAUCUAUCUCGCCGUCUUCCGUAUCCUCCUCGGCAUUGGCGUGGGUGGUGACUACCCCAUGUCCGCAUCGAUCACGACGGAUCGCGCUAACCUCCGGAAACGGGGCACGAUGCUCUCGUACAUCUUCAGCAACCAGGGGUGGGGUAGCUUCGUCGGCAGCUUAGCGACGGUACUUGUGCUCCUCGCGUACAAGAAGACCAUGGAGGCGGGGAACGUCAGUCGCGUCGACGGUGUGUGGCGCAUCCUGAUCGGCAUCUCCCUCGUGCCGGCGUUCGGCACGCUCUAUCAGCGCCUGACCCUUCCCGAGUCGACGCGCUUCAAGAACUCGCAAAAGCACCACCAUCACGAUGCCGAGGCGCAAAAUGACAUCGACGAUUUGAAGAAGGCUCAACGCGCGGCGGAGGACUCCAAGGCCGGCAUCACUUCUGAGAAGCGGGCGCGGGAUGAAGACAAGAAGAGCGUCGACUGCGACAGUGCCGAAGUCGAGGAGAGCGAGAGCAGUGAUGGCCCGAGCAUCGACGACCCCACUGCUGAGCCAGAGACAUUGGUCAAGAAGAAGGCGCAUUUCAAAGAAUUCGUCCAGUACUUCUCCGAGUGGGAGCACGCCAAGAUGCUCAUCGGGACGUGCAUGUGCUGGUUCCUCCUUGAUGUGGCUUUCUACGGCAUUAAUCUAAACCAGAACGUGGUCCUCCAACAAAUCGGGUACGAUGGAACGGAUGGUUCUCCGUGGGAGAGACUCUUCAAGGUCUCUACGGGAAACAUGAUUAUCACCGCCCUCGGUUUCGUGCCUGGGUACUAUGCCACAAUUUUGACGAUUGAAAUACUGGGGAGGAAGUUCAUCCAGCUCCAGGGAUUCUUGGCCGCAGCUCUUUUCUUGGCCAUCCUUGCCUCCAAGUUUCACGAUUUGAACAAGGCUUCCUUCAUCGUGUGCUUCGCCUUCCUUCAAUUCUUCUUCAAUUUCGGCGCAAACUCGACGACGUACUGCUACCCCGCAGAAGUCUUCCCCACCCGCUUCCGAGCUUUCGCUCAUGGUAUUUCGGCGGCGGCUGGUAAGGCAGGCGCUAUCAUCUCCGCCCUGGCGUUCAACACCCUCAGCAAGAAGAUCGGCACACCGGCUGUUCUCUGGAUCUUCUUCGCAUGUUGCAUCGGCGGGGCAUUCUUCACUCUCCUCCUGCCUGAGGUUAAGGGACGUGACCCUGAUCUCAUCCUCAUGGAAGAAAUCAAGGCGAGGCGAGAGAAGCUCUCUGCUGAAGCCAAAUGCACUCAAGGUGCUUAG